AUGACCAGCGCGUCUAGUCUUCCAGCCGAGUCAUGUCACUAUCACGUCGCCCCGGACUUAGUGAACCUUGGGCCUGGUGAAACUGGACCUAGUGAUCCUGGACCUACUGAACCUGGACCUAGUGAACUUGUACCUAGUGAACCUGGACCUAGUGAACCUGGACCUAGUGAACUUGUACCUAUGAACUGGGGCCCAGUGAACCUUGGGCCUAGUGAAUUUUGGUCUAGCAACCUUGGUCCAGUAACCUUGGUCCUAAACCUGGACCUAGUGAACCUGGACCUAGUGAACCUUGGACCUGGUGUACCCGGAACUAGUGAGACUGGACCUAGUGAGCCUGGACCUAGUAAACCUGUACCUGGUGAACCUGGGCCUAGUGAACCUGAACCUAGUGAACCUGUACCUGGUGACCCCUGGACCUAG